UAAUGAAGAAUUAUUAUUGGUUGUCAUUACUGAUUCAGAAUGGUCGAAUAAGUCUAAUAUAGUACGAAGUCUUUUGUCAUGCAGAUCGAUAAGCAUUAUGUAUGUAGGUGCAGGAAGUACAGAAUGUAAG